AUGGCGAUGACACUUAUGAACAGAGCGAUCUCUAAACCCGAAACCCUAGGUGCUUUCAGACUCUCGCUCAAUCUCUUAAGAAAUUUCUCUGCGGCGGCUUCUCCGUCGGCUGCAAACCCUAGCUCCGAUUCGAUUAAAUCUACACGAAGGAGGAAGAAGAAGAACCUAAUCGAGGUCGCUCAGUUCUUACCAAACUGGGGAAUCGGUUACCAUAUGGCUAAAGCUCACUGGAAUGGAAUCUCUUAUGAAAUCACUAAGAUCAAUCUCUAUAAGGAUGGUAGACAUGGAAAAGCAUGGGGAGUUGUUCACAAAGAUGGCUUGCGAGCUGCGGAAGCUCCAAAGAAGAUAAGCGGAGUUCACAAACGUUGUUGGAAGUAUAUCCCAAACCUGUCAAAGACCGUCACACCUGCAACAAACUCUGCAACAGCUGAUGUUCAAGCUGCCUGA